AGGAAACAGGUUGAGUCUCAGUAAAAACAUGUUGGCUACAUAUAAAAUACAAAGACAUUUACUAACUAAAUCACACAGUCUAAAGAUGAAGAAACUCGCACACAACUCCGUUUUCUAUAUAUUACUGAUAUAUAAAUGAAUUCGUCCUAUAAAUAUCAGAUGUCGUUUCCAUGGAGACGAACAUAAACUGUGCGAAGUUGCGAACAGCACCUGCUCAGGUGUACAGAGAUAGAGAGACAAGAAGAGAGACGGAGAGAGAGAGAGAGAGAAACGCGUGGAUGCAUCACGACAUGACUUUAAAGAGUAAAUAUGAAGAAUAUCACGCGAUCAUCACACUCUUCUCUAUUACUGCUAAGCAUCAUGUGUUCCCUGUUGUGUAAUUUGUUGUAAGUUCAUGGCCUCUGAUGGGUCUCCGGUCAGAGAUGUUCAUGAGAAUCAGAAGAAGAAGAAAGCAGUUAAGAUCAGGAGACAAAGAUCUGAUGUGGAGGACACAGAGACACAGGUGGAGAUUCAGAGACUCACUGAGGAUGGACAUGCAGCGCUGCAGACCGGAGACAAUACUGCAGCUGUGCAGUGCUUCAAAAACGCAUUGAAAGCUGCCACAAAGUUGAGUGAGGGGAGACUUCAGAGGUCUUGUGCAUUUAACCUGGGAGCAGCGUAUGUUGAAGCAGGAAGACCUCAGAAAGGGCUGGACCUUUUGUCUCGCUCUCAGUCGGGUGAGAGAGGCGAACGGAUCGCAGACCUGCAGUAUAAUCUUGCGACAGCUCACGAAGCCCUGAGGGACUGGACCCGGGCCGCCCGACACUACCUGCAGGCCGCACAGCUGUACCGCUCGCAGGGAGAUGCAUGUGCUGAGGGAGACACAUGUGUUAGACUUGCUCAAUGCCAUCUGAAGAGAAAGGAGUGGAAUGAGGCUGUAGACGCUUUCAGACGCGCUGCUGAGAGUUAUAAACUAGCAGGAAACACAUCAGCAGCCGCGCUGACCCUAAAGGAUGCUGGGAAACACAUGCUGGAGAGUGACAGCUGCACUGCUGAUGACAUCAUCACCGUGUUGACAGACAGCUUGGAGAUGAGCAGCGACAUCACAGAUCAAGAGACGCAGGGCAAGCUUCUGAUGGAUGUGGGUUUAAGUUUUACUCAGCUGAGGUUGUUCUCUGAAGCAGCUGAAUGUUAUGAACAGGCUCUUCAUCUGGUCACAUCUAAACCACACCGACUGGCGGUGAUUCUGCAGAAUCUGGGUGCUGUUCACAAUACUUUGGGUCAAUAUGAAGAGGCUCUGAAAUACCACAAAGAGGCAGCAGCGAUACACGGCUCUCUGGGUAGUCGUGGUGCACAGGGUCGGUGUUUCAGUAAUCUGGGCUUUGCUCUGGUGGAACUGGGUGAACUGGAGGAGGCGUGGGAGAGUUUCUUACAUGCACAACAGGCAUUCAGAGACACAGAUGACCCAUCCGGUCAGUGGCAGGUCUGUGAAGGUCUCGGUGGGAUCAAACUACAGAUGAGAGACCCAGACAAAGCCUCUCAAUAUUAUAAAGAUGCUUUACAACUGCUGUGUAAAUGCCAGGAUGUAUCGAGUUCAGUACAGGAACGACUGGUCACUAAACUGAGUGAAGCAUUACAGCAGAAGCUGCUACUCCAGCAGGUUGGACCCCCGAUACAACGAGGUGCACCAGAGAGACAACAUAACAGACAGCAGAAACGGCGGGCAGCAGUGAUCUCUGACAUGCAACAGAACAGAAGACAGAUGCUGAAUGGACACACGCAUGAAGAGGCAUCUGGAGACAGAAAACCCCACGGUAAAGUGAUGAUGUCAUCAGAGUCAAUGCCAGAGACCAACAGGAAUCUGAACAACACUUAUGAGAAGGCAGAGAUCCAGCCGGAGAUCUUCAGUGGAGAAUCUACAGAAGACGAUUUGUCUUCUGAAGCUACAAAGCUGAAGCCAGUACACAUGAACGGUGGCCAGGCAUCAGUCAGAAGUGCAGUGACUCCGCCUUCUAAACAGCCUGACAGCAGUAAGGCCACGCCCAUCACAAGGAGAUUGACAUCCAGAUUCUGCACAGUCAUGUGACUAACACACGCGUGUAGAGACGACUCUUCUGGAAGAUAAAAACACAGCUGCCAUCUCUGAACAUUCAGACUACAAACACACUACAAAUUUAGCCGAGGGAUCAAAUAAAGAGACUUCAUCUGCACUCAAGAGAUCUGAUUAAUGACAUCAUCGAUAUCUGAGAAACUGUCUGAUCUUUACACAUGACAUAUCGACUCAAAAUAAAAUGUAUAUAGCUUGUUUUUUACAUUCAUUUUUAAAUUAAAUUGCUGGUGAAUGUGGAGCUGCUUGGGUCUCUCUCUCUCUCUCUCUCUCUCUCUCUCUCUCUCUCUCUCUCUCUCUCUCUCUAAUUUUAUUAUGGUUCUAGUCAGCACAUUGGCUAUUAGUCCACAGGAUUCUUCAUCUUCAGCACUUUCUUCUGUGCUCAGCUCAGGAUUAUUACAGUGAGAUGAGAAUCUUCAUCAUCAUCAUCAUCAGCUGUGUAACUCAAUGGAUUGAGAGAUGUGGAUGUUGAGGAAUGAUGUGCUUUUAUUGACCCACAUGGAUUUCUUACUAAAGAAAGCAAGCGUUGAAACUCUCUCUGGGAUUAUACAGGCAUUUACUGUAUGACCUUCAAUGACUAAAUCAUUCAGAACGUGUAAAGAUGGAAACGCAGUGUUGUGGAUAUAAUCCAGAGUUUAUGAGGAUUACAGUUAAAGCAGACUGAACUUCUGUUUAUGAGAAUCUGAAACACGAUAACACGUAUCGUCCUUCAUGUGACCGU